UUUGUGAGUGCGCACAUGUAUCUAUAGCAUGAUGCUCACUUUCUCUUCGCAAUACUUUCACAAUACACAGCACUGUGUACUGUGUGGUGUCGGUUCAAUGGCUGGUAGCCGCGUGAUCGUGGGCGGACCCAGACAGAAAUCGAAGGUUGUUCACCCCUACCAGUUCCUUUUGACCGACAGAGCGUCCAUCACGCGAACGCGACACAUCCCCACCAAGAUGCGGGAUCCCCUCCAUGUGCCGUCACAAAAUCACUCCCGCUCCCGGCUCCUUCCUCCACCGCCAGGGAAAUCGCGAGAGGAGGGGUUGACGCGGCCCUCACGGCACUCAAUCGCGGUUUACCGGUGGCCACGCGCUUCGUCUAACGGUAUAACAUAGUACCGCUUCGGAAAUAAGGUCACGGAAAUUCACACGUUGUAAAUAAACAUAAAUAUUUCU